AUGAGUGACGACGAGGAAUUACCCCCAACUCGUCCUUGCUCUGAUAACGAACAAGACGAACUCCCGGAAACUGAACCAGAAGACAAUGAAGAAUUAGAGAAAACUGGGCCAGAAGAUAAUGAAGAGCUAGAGGCAACUGAACCUGAAAUUGAUUCAGAUGAUUCAUUCGACAAUGCCGCCACAAGUAAACCUGUUGCUGAUGAAGAUUAUGACUCAUUUGAUGACUUCGUUCCGAGUCAAGCUCCAACUCCAAUAAUCAAGAAUUCUUCGAAAACGAAAAGAAGUUUUCAAGAAACAAUUGAAUCAGAAUCAUCUUCUGAUGGUUCUGAUGCAGGAAACGACAGCGAAUUCGUCCCCGUGGACGACGAAACACAAGCAAGCCAGCGACCUGCGAGACAGUAUUCUUUACGAGCACGUUCAAUUGUAAAGGAAGAUGAGAACAGCUGGAAUGAGGGAAUAGAUGGUGAAACUUCGAAGAUAUCGGAAGAAAUACUCAAUGAAUCAUUGGAUGACAUUGAAUUUGUCGAUUCUGUUCUUGAUAAGAAAACGAAUAUCAAACGAAAGAAUCAUUUUUUGGAUGAAGGAGAGUUCUUUACUGACGGAAAUAUUGUAAAAAUCGACAAAGAAACGAGAACAAAAUGGUCAACUAUGACAUCGCCACCUCCAGAAGCUCUGAAAGCUCUGAAUGAGUUCUAUGGGCACAAAGGAUUCAGAGAUAAGCAAUGGAAUGUUGUUCGAAAUGUUCUUGCUGGAAAAGAUCAAUUCGUUCUCAUGUCAACUGGAUACGGUAAGAGUGUGUGCUAUCAGUUGCCGUCAUUGCUUCUGAAUACUAUGACUGUCGUUGUUUCUCCAUUGAUUUCAUUGAUGAAUGAUCAAGUAACCACUCUUGUGGCGAAAGGAAUUGAUGCAGUGAAGUUGGAUGGAGAUUCGAAUCACAAGGAAUGGGACAGAGUUACGAAUAAUAUGCAUCGUAUCAGAUUUAUUUACAUGUCUCCCGAAAUGGUUACGAGUGCGAGAGGUCUGGAAUUAUUAUCUUCGUGUCGAGAACACUUAUCUCUUUUGGCAAUCGACGAAGCGCAUUGCGUUUCCCAGUGGGGUCAUGAUUUCCGAAACUCGUAUCGACAUCUGGCAGCCAUCAGAAAUAGAUCGGAUUUGUGCAAUGUUCCUUUGAUCGCUUUGACAGCUACGGCUACCGUUCGAGUUCGAGAUGACGUGAUUGAAAACUUGAAAUUGAGAAGACCUCAGAUCACAACGACGUCAUUCGACAGAAAGAAUCUUUACAUCUCCGUUCAUUCUUCCAAAGACUUGGCUACGGAUAUGGGCGAAUUUCUGCAGACGGAUGACGUCAAAGGACGACAUUUUGGUGGACCAACUAUCAUUUAUUGUCAGACGAAACAAAUGGUUGAUGAUGUGAAUAGUGUUCUUAGAAGCAUAGGUGUUCGCUCAGCUCAUUAUCAUGCUGGACUCACAAAGAAUCAAAGGGAGAGAGCACAUACGGAGUUCAUGAGGGACAAGAUCACUACGAUCGUUGCAACAGUUGCGUUUGGAAUGGGAAUUGAUAAGCCAGAUGUACGGAAUGUUAUUCAUUAUGGAUGCCCGAAAGAUAUUGAGUCAUACUACCAAGAGAUUGGAAGAGCCGGUCGUGACGGAGCUCCUAGUGUAUGCCGUGUUUUCUGGGCUCCCAAAGAUCUGAAUACUAUAAAAUUCAAACUUCGAAAUUCUCAACUGAAAGAUGAAGUAAUCGAGAACUUGACACUUAUGUUAAGACAACUAGAACUGGUUCUUACGACUGUUGGUUGCAGAAGAUAUCAACUUCUGAAACAUUUUGAUCCAACAUUUGCGAAACCAGCGACGCCACAAGCAGAUUGUUGCGACAGGUGUACUGAAAUGCUCAAUGGAAAUCAGGAUGUGUCUUCAAGCACGAUCGACGUGGCAACAGAAUCCAAAUGGUUAUUCCAAGUUAUCAGUGAAAUGUAUAAUGGAAAAACAGGAAUAGGGAAACCAAUUGAAUUCUUGAGAGGAUUGAGCAAAGAAGAGUGGAGAAUGAAGACAAUGAAUCAAAAGCAAUUGUUCGGAAUCGGAAAGAAUCUGACGGAUAAGUGGUGGAGAGCGCUUGGAUCAGCACUUCGAUUAGCUGGAUAUCUUGGAGAAGUGAGACCAAUUCAAAUGAAAUUUGGAAGUUGUGUUGUUCUUACUGAUAUUGCUGAAAGAUGGCUUAUGAAUGGAAAAGAGUUGAAAUUAGAUGCGACUCCCGUUUUGCUGCAAGGAAAGAAAGAGAAGAAUGCGCCGAAGUCAGCUGUUGGAUCUUCUAGAGGACAAUCGUCGACACAAGUGCCAACCGAUGAAAAGAAAAUUCUUGGAGCGUCCAAGAAACGAGAAUACAAGUCAGCUCACGAGAUCGAACAAUUGAAAAAUCUGAAGCAAGAGAAUGAGGAUGGACUUCCAGAAAAGAUUCGUCAAUUGAGAACUCGUUUAGACGAUUUACGUGUCGAGAUGGCGAGUAUGUACGAAAUGGCUCCAUUCCAAAUCGUUUCAAACACAGUUCUCGAUGGUUUCGCCAAUCUCAGACCUAGCUCAACUACUAAACUAGAUGUGAUUGAUGGGAUGUCAGCCGCCCAAAAAUCAAAAUAUGGUAAACGAUUUGUGGAUUGUGUUGUUAACUUUGCGAAAGAAACUGGAAUCUCGAUGAACGUGAAUGCAAAUGAUACGAUUCCGCCUCAUAUCAGUGCAAUCAUGGAGAAAGAGUUAUCCGAUUCGAUUCGAAGAGUCUACCUUCAUCAUUUGAUAACAAAAAAUGAUCCGAAAGAAGUUGCUGUUGCUCGUGCAAUCAGUGAAGGUACUGUAAUCAAUUAUCUAGUGAUCGCUGUUGAAAAGGGUCUUCCUAUCUAUUUGGAUAAAGUGAAUGUCAGCAGAAAGAACAUUGCGAUUUGUCUGAAUGCUGCAAGAGUUCAUUUGGGUUCCAAUGUGAUCAGACUCGCUCCAUGGAAAGAAGUAAUCGGUGAUGUCGUCGAUUAUAACCAGUUGAAAAUUAUCAGAGCCAUUCUGAUGUAUGAAUAUGGAUUAGAUGAGAGUAAGGAGAGCAAUGGAAGUCCACAGCCAUCAUCGCAACUUUCGAUCCCCACUCCGGUGUCCACCACGUCCACACCCCGUGCUCCACCGCCGAAAAAGUUCAAAUUAUAA